AUGGCUAAAGAUAAGUUGAAGUCGCGUUUUUUUGCUGCUUCUUCGUCUGCAGACCAGUCUAACCAAAGGGUAAAAAGAAAAAAAUCAGAAGGGGGUCAACUUAUAGGAUCUCGAGGACAUUAUUUCAGCGGAGCCAGCAGGACACCCUUACAUAAACCGCAAGCUUCGUUAUUCAGCAGUGCUUCAGGAUGGACAAACUUCAGAGGCUUGUUCAAUCUUGCAAUAUUGCUUUUGUUUGUUUCGAAUGGACGAGUUGCGUUAGAAAAUCUCAUUAAGUAUGGCAUUCUUAUAGACCCGUCUAACUGGCUUCAUUACACAGCAAAUGCUUACCAAAAAAACUGGCAGAACCUUUGCUUAGCAUUGUGUUCUCAAGUCACAGUAUUACUUUCGUUCUUUGCAGAAAAAUUCCUCGCCAAAAGGGUUAUGGGUGAUAUUGCUGGGCUCAUAUUCUAUAUAGUGCUACUUACCCUGCACAUUAUAGCUCCAGCAUGGUUUAUUCUGUGGAUGCAGGGCAACCCUCUUUUUGCCUCCAUGGUCCUGACAACGUAUGUUGUUAUUUUUUUGAAGAUGGUUUCUUACGCUCACGUUAAUUAUUGGUACAGAGAAUCGGCUAGAGUACAGGCAAGAGACGUAGCUUACGGUCGUAAAAUUGCAGGCUAUCCAGAAAAUAUAAAUUUGAAAAAUUUGUAUUAUUUUAUACUGGCACCCACGCUGUGCUACGAAGUUGGUUUUCCCAAAAAUGCGAAGAUUCGUAAAGGCUUUUUGUUCAAAAGAUUUUUGGAGCUGGUUAGCCUCUCAUUUAUCAUUGUUGCUUUGUACCAACAGUGGGUUAUACCAUUACUGCGAAAUAGCGUUGAGCCUUUUUCCACCAUGAAGAUUGGUCACUGUUUGGAACGAGUUUUAAAGCUUGCUAUUCCGAAUCAUGUCAUAUGGCUUAUCUGUUUCUAUACAUUUUUCCACUCAUUUCUAAACUUCAUGGCCGAACUUCUAUGCUUUGCUGAUCGACAGUUUUAUCUUGACUUCUGGAAUGCAGAGACUCUCUCCGUGUUUUGGAAAACAUGGAAUAUACCCGUUCAUCGCUGGGCAGUUAGACAUGUGUAUAAACCCAUGGUUUCAUUUGGCUUUAGCAAAAUGAGCGCUUCAGUGGCAGUGUUUUUUAUUUCUGCCUUUUUUCAUGAGUACUUGGUCUCAAUCCCGUUAUCUAUGUUCCGCCUAUGGGCUUUUUAUGGAAUGAUAUCUCAAAUUCCUUUGAGCUUUGUUACGGACAAAAUUCUCCAAGGAGGUCGCGCUGGAAAUAUAAUGAUGUGGGUAACACUGAUUCUUGGACAACCCAUGGCAAUACUUAUUUACGUUCAUGACUGGUAUUUUAUGCACUACCCACAUGGCGCACCAGCAGACGCUUUAUUGAGCUGA